UGGGCCUUAGGAGCCCGGUAAAUGAGUUGUAAGCCCGCCCAUUUUAAUACAAAACCCUAAUCGAGAACUGCAAUUUGCAGAAUUUCGCAUCCACGCUCUUCGUCUCUGAUCGGCAGCCAUGGUGAAUGUUCCGAAGACAAAGAAGACUUACUGCAAAUCCAAGGAGUGCAGAAAGCACACCUUGCACAAGGUUACCCAGUACAAGAAGGGAAAAGAUAGCUUAGCGGCUCAGGGUAAGCGCCGGUAUGAUCGCAAGCAAUCAGGUUAUGGUGGACAAACCAAGCCUGUCUUCCACAAGAAGGCGAAAACGACUAAGAAGAUUGUGCUGAGGCUGCAAUGCCAGGGCUGCAAGCACGUUUCUCAGCAUCCAAUCAAGAGGUGCAAGCAUUUUGAGAUUGGUGGAGAUAAGAAGGGAAAAGGAACUUCUCUUUUCUAAGCAUCACCCGGUUAUGGAACUUGAAACAUCUCUCUUUUACCUUUUUUGGACUUGAUGUUUAAUUUUUUGUUUAUUAACUGAGAUGUUAUUACCAAGUAAUACAUUAAACUUUGGACAUGUAUUGUCAUAUUUAUGGUUCAAUGCUGGAAUUUAGAUUUUUCUCUUGUAAUGGUAAUGAUGAGCUACUAUUUGGUGUAGAUUAAAAUUAGAUUUUGAUAAAAGUUGAUGAAAUCAUUGAAA